AUGGCUUUCUACCGUGGCUCCUCCCUCUCCCUGCAACAAAGUACUAGAAUCCUCCCUGUUAUUAGUGGUAGUGCCAAACAGUCCCGAGCCUUCUGCGGAAACACACGGGGUUUUUGUAAGAUUUACCGCGUGUCGGCGUCGAGGAUACGUGAGGGUGACACCACACAUCAUGGACAUGGGAUCGUCGCCUCGCCCGCCUCAUCUCCAGAGCCUCCUGUUGUGCGGAAGGAGCUCGAGUCUCCACCAAGGCAGGAGCAUUCGCCGGGGUCGUGGGUAGAGCGCUGGCUCCCCGCGGCGGCGAGGCCCUAUGCGCUGCUUGCCCGUAUCGACAAGCCCGACGCCAUUUGGCUCUACGCAUGGCCCUGCUUCUGGUCAAUUGCACUAGCAGCAAACAAAGCGGAGCUCCCAGACAUGAAAAUGCUGGCACUCUUUGGAUUUGGCACGGUUAUCUUGAGGGGUGCUGCUUGCACGAUGAAUGAUCUUCUCGAUCGAGGCAUCGAUAAGAAGGUUGAGCGGACAAAAAGCAGGCCUCUUGCAUCAGGUGCUCUAACCGCUGCUCAAGGAUUUUACUUCCUUGUAUUUCAGGUUCUACUAUGGUUCGGUUUUCUUCUUCAGCUAAAUAACCGUAGCCUUAUCAUGGGAGCUUCUUGGCUUGUUCUGUUUUUCUCUUAUCCCCUGAUGAAGAGGCUCAUACACUGGCCUCAAGCCUUUCUUGGCUUCACCGUCAGCUGCGGCGUUUUCAUAGGAUCGGCUGCUAUUAAAGAAAGCUUAGAUUAUGCCGUCCUCCUUCCAAUGUAUUUUGCUGGCAUAUGUUGGACACUGGUAUAUGACACAAUAUACGCACAUCAGGACAAAAAGGAUGACUUCAAAGCAGGAGUUAAGAGUACAGUCAUAACUUUUGGAGAUAAUACCAAGUACUGGCUUAGUGGGUUUGGUGCUGCAUGCGUUAGUAGCCUAGCACUCACUGGUUACAAUGCUGACCUUGCCUGGCCCUACUAUCCUUUUCUGGCAGCUGCAGCUGGACAUUUAGCAUGGCAGGUUUCAACUGUUGACUUAUCCAACAAAUCAGAUUGCCACAUGAAGUUCGUGUCGAAUAAGUGGUUCGGAGCAUUCUUAUUUGGUGGAAUUUUAUGUGGAGUGCUUGCAAAAUGA